CUCAACCACCCCCAACGCCAACCUUACAGCGACUACGUCUUUCUCCGUGCAUGAGCGGCCUCUGUGAUAUGCACUCCUGGUGAUGAAAACAAUGUGGAACUCCCAUGACCAUUAACCGCCCGCAGCGAUGGACAUCCACGAAAAACAGCCUCCGGCCUCCGAACCUCUGCGGUCGACCCCGGUCCCCAUCGCGCAGCUUUCCCCAACCCUCGAGAACUUGUCGGAAAGCUCUAUCCACGCGGUUGUCACCUUACUAUGGCCUUACUCGUCGUCUACCCGGUCCAUUAGCCUCCUCGUAGCUGAACCGGACUUCCGCCUCCGACGAACAAACGGACAGGUCAAGGUGGUUUUCCAUGGGCACGUCGCACAAGAGGUCGCGAAGUCACAGAUUGGAAUUGGCGACAGUGUUUAUCUCCGCCUAGCUGGAGCGAGGUUUUUGGAUCAUGAUGCGGAGAACCAAACGCCCGGGAGGUUUGUCGCGUGGGAUGUACACUUCGACAACAAUGUGCUCCUUGAGGUCUGGCGUUCUUCUCAGCACCUUUCAACCGUCAGUAUAGACCGUUCUUCGUCGCCGUCACCUGCUACCGACGAUGCGAUCAAGACACCGUCUACGCCUACUGCCAACGGCCGCGCCAACCUAGACGAGCUACAUGCGAAUUCGAAUUCACAUGCGUGGCAAUCGCCGGCAUUCGUUGACCGAUCGCGCAAAUCCCUUGGUCACAUAACUCGCACAGUCUACGAACCACUUGAGGAGGAGGACGGCUUUGUCCCCGGGAAGGGAAGGAAACGGCCGAGAUUCAGUAUGCCCGGUACCCAAUGGCGGGUCAUCGACGAGCCUGCGAGCCCAGGCGACAAUGAUAUCCCUGGAGACUGGACGGCGAUGUUCGACGAUGAUGCAUGGUAUAAAUCAGAGAGUGGCGGGGAGGAUGACGUGGAAGAGGCUAGGGAGUCACCGCAACCAUCUGAAUCUCGCGACACGGUAACGAUACCGGAGAAGUUGCCAGAUGGUGUACAGGCGAACGAUGUCACAGCAGAAUCGGUUCCAGUUGCAAUUGAGCCCAACGCAGAGAAUCAAGUGGACGAACCAAAAUCGGAUGCGCAAUUCCUCUUGCCCGAGCUUUCCCAACGAACAGAACCCUUGAGUCGGUUCAGGCAUAAUGUGCCCAAUUUUGCCGGUCACCUUCCGAUAGACACUCCGCGCCUUCGCCCCAUCCCUUCUCCCGGUCUUCCCAUUCCUUCGCCUCUUGUGAGUACAUCGAACAGCCCCCAUGGCUAUUUUGGAUCUAUAUCAGCCACCGUCCAAGGCUCGUCUGCGCGGCCAACCACGUUUCUCAGCCAAGAGGUGAUGAGUAUAGAAAAGGAGGCAGUCUCCCAUGCGCCAUCGGAUGAGCACAUAACCAUAAGUUCCGCACCCGAUCCGGCACCACACAUACCUGCGGCUGGUUCUGGCCAUGAUACCGUACAGCCCGCCUCUGUAUUCGAAAGUAUUGCAACGGAGACCAAAUACGCAGAGGCCGUGGGAAUGACUGAGCAUAUUGGGAUAUUAUCACCUACCCCGGUUGUCCAAACAGCCGCCUCAGACGUGACCGAACAUAUGGAGGUUGAGCAGGAGCCCGAGGACAUUGCAUUGCAGGAAGGAGAAAUUUCCGAAGCUGAAUAUGAUAAGGAAGAGCUUGACGCAAGAGAAGCACGCGAUGACUUUGGAGAGCGGAGAAUUCCCAAUGAGCGCCAGAACGAUAAUGGAUCAGGUGCCAGUUUGUAUGCGUCGCGGGAAACAUAUUUGGAUAGCGAAGAUUAUGAUUCCGAAAGUGUCGAUCAAAGCUCUGUGAUUGAAGAUCGCUCUGGGGACAUGGUUGAGGACUACGAAGAUAUUGCGGAAGAAGAUACGGAACAACCCGCAGUUGAGACAAGAGAAAGUAUUGAGAUUUCCUCUGAGAGCGAAGCGCAAUCACCAGUGAGAACUCAUGAUGAUGUGAAAAGAGGUUAUGGCUAUUACGCUGAAGAAGAUGAGGAUAUGGAAGACGAGGAUGAAGUAUCCGAUGGAGAGGAGUCUCUGGGGUCAGAAGAAUCGGAAAGCAUAUAUGAUGACGACUAUCGGUAUGGUGAACGCGUUGAAUCUGAAUAUGCGUCGGAGGACGAUGCCCCCUAUCCGCCACCACAGCCCAUCAUCAGGAAUACCGAACCAGAAAUCAUUGUACUGGAUAGUGACAGUGAUGAAGAGCCUGCCCCGACCGCCCAAGCGCCUUCCAUCACGCAGCAGGAACAGGUAGCCGCAUUUUCUCGAAGGCCAGAGUCAUAUGCCUCAUCGUCGGAUGUAGCCUCUGACUAUGGCAGUUCAGGAUCAAGUGACGACGAGGAUGAGGAAGAUGAGGAGGGUGGAGCCGAAUAUGCAGACCAGAGAGUUGAGCGAGAUUUUAGUAACUCCGACGCUGAAGACUGGUCAGACCAAGAUGAUCAAGAGGCGCAAGAACGAGAAGCCAAGCCGGUUGACCUCGACUCGGUUGAUGGAAGGCCUUUUAAAUCCGAACAAGAGGACGUUGUACAAUCCGAAGAUGAGGAAGCGCACAAACUGGUGGACGGUGAGCGGAGUGUUGAUGAGAUAGAUAGUGUGAACCGGCCAGGGCAUGGACCUGGGAGUGAUGAACACAUGCAGGCCGAGCAACCUGACGACAAAAACGCUGGAUACGAUCAACUGAAAGCCGAAGAGAUAAGCGAUGAGAGCGUGCAUGGGGAACUGGCGGAAGACGAGCAGCCUGGCGAUGAAAGAGUCAAGGUGGAGCAUUUGGAGGCUGGAGCAAUGGAUGACGACCAUUUGGAAAACAACGAAGUCUAUCCCUUCGCCGAUACCAACCGCAAGAUCUUUGGAACAGUACCAGACAGGAGGCAUGGUAUUGAUGUCGACCAACACCCGGGUUUCCAAGCCGACUUCGAGGAACUACGGCCAGCAGAAGUGACAACGCAUCCAUCGGGCCACGAAGAGGACGAAAACAUCGCACAAAGUAUCCAUUUUGCUCAACAACCUGAUAUCGAUACCGAACAUCUUCUACAUCUUGCUGAACCUCCAAUUGAUCCCGUACUUUUCAAUACCGGAAGCUUUCCAACCGAAGCCCCGACAAGUAUCAGUCAACAACAUGGCGCGGAACCAUCUCAGAGCCAUAUUCAAGAUGAUCAGAUGUCAGAUUCGCAGUACAUUGAUCCCAGCCUAUCACUAGAUGGGGUUUCGCAAAGCAUGCCCAUCUUUGGCGGCGUUGCUUCCAAACUACCAGUUUACCCACAAGACCAGCUGUUUACUCCAGACCCUUCUCAGGCAGCUGGGACAGACAAUCAAAUUCCCCAAAUCCCUCCAGAGGUUGAAGCACCACCCACUCCCAAACCAACCCAGGAGAGUUCGAUUAUCCAGCUUAAAGCUGAAACAUCGUCUACCGUCGAAGUAGUGCCGGACACAUCUACAACAACAGAUACGGGCAGAGUCCUUGACUCCAAGCCCAAGGGCCAGAUUCCCUCUAUCGAGCGGGAAGAACGGUACGAAGGCUCUGGAGAUGAAGAGCUAGUCCUACCAAUCCACAGUGAAGACGAAAUCUUGCUGGUCGGGGAAAAGCGAGCUCGUCUCCUGGAUAUGAAUCGCAAUUACCCCGGACUGCGCAGUGAAUACUCCUAUUUCGCACCCCUUGCCACACUCAUCGACCACUACAACGCCCUGACAGACACAAUCUCGGUGGUCGCGGAGAUUCGCCCGCCCGUUCGGGCCCCGUCUGGCAAAAAGGAUUACAUCCUAACCUUCGGAGUGACCGACCCAUCACUGGCCGGUACCAUUCUCUACACGCAAAUCUUCCGACCUUACAAAUCAGCCCUCCCCUCUUUAGAGGAAGGCGACGCCAUCCUGCUACGAAACUUCCAAGUCAAGAGCUUCAACCACUCCAUGACGCUAGCUAGCGUCGAUACAAGCGCCUGGGCCGUAUUCAGCGCCACCAAAACCGCAGCCCAGGUCGACGGACCCCCAGUAGAAUACGGUGCAGAAGAGCAGACCUACGCCACCGACAUGCGCCAAUGGUACCAGGAAGACGGCAUGGCAAUGGUAGCUGAUUACCAACUCCAGGCCUCGAUCGAACAGGAAAGCCGCGAGGCCACGCCCUACAGCAGCGCCGGAUUCAGCGAUUCGGGAAGCGUCAUAUCGACAGCAGGUGAGGGCCGUCCUGAUUCAUCGUUAUCCAACCGGGGCUCACGGCGCAGGAAAUCGCAUCGUCGAAUAACUAUUCACGAACUGAGAGAUGGGAGGCGGUAUGCUGAGGUGGGCUCACCGAGUAGCAAGGACAGCAUACAUGAGCUGCGUGAUGGGACUGUAUAUGCGAAUUUUUGAAUGGGG